AAUCACACAGCAAGAACAGUAUACGUUUGAUGUUCUGGUGUGUACGACUUUAUUCAAACUUCACAUGAAUUCUGAUAAAUAAUUUGACAAUUUAUAAAAAAAUAUAAAAUUAAAGAAAAUAAAGUUAAAGGAGACGAAAAAUAGGCAAAAGAAAAAAGAGAAAGAUAGAAGAUAGAGAAGGGAGAAAGGAAGGAGAAAGGAGAAAGAAAGACGAAUAGUGAAAGGGUCCUUUGUGAUACUGAGAAUUUACAAAGCUAUUAGUUAAGAUACCGGAGAACCAUAAGCUCGACUAUAACAUACUUUUGACGAUUGAAGAAAGGUAAAAUAGGCUGAAUAUAUGUGUCUGAUAGAAGUCUGUGUCUCUAACUGAUUGGAAAAUUGUAUAUACGAGAUAUUAUUCUCUUUGAAAUCUUACAAUUUUUCUGGAGAGAGAAGUAUCGCUGCGAAUCGGAAACAUGACAAAUACAUAUGAGAAUAAUCCGUUUUAUUAUUCUCUGAGCGGCGACAGGCAGGAAGAUGAGAAACUGUUGGAACCAAUCAGAUACUAUCUUCAAGUUCCUGGAAGGCAGAUAACUGUGAAAUUAGCCCAUGCUUUUAAUUACUGGCUAAAAAUAUCGCCCGACAGAAUACAAGCAAUCAACGAAAUAGUAACCAUGCUCUGCAACUCAUGCAUUAUGAUUGAUGAUAUUCAAGAUAAUUCCAUUAUGCGAAGAGGUAUUCCUGUCGCUCAUUCUGUUUAUGGAAUUGCUAACUCACUAAGCGCUGCAACUUAUAUAUUAUUUAUCGCUUUGGAAAGAGUUGUUAAUUUGCAUCCUGCAGCAACAAAAGUGUAUAUGGAGCAAAUGUUGGAAGGUCAUAGAGGUCAAGGAAUGGACAUUUUUUGGCGGGACAAUCUUAUCUGUCCAAGCGAGGCAGAUUACAAAAUUAUGGCAAUAAAAAAGAUGGGUAGUUUUUUUAAUUUAGUAGUAAGAUUGAUGAGACUGUUCUCAACCCACGAAGAGGACUUAUCAUCGCUAGUAGCCAUUUUGAGUUUGCACUUUCAAAUACGCGAUGAUUAUGGGAAUUUGGGCAGCGAUAAGUAUAACAAAAGUAAGAGUUAUUGCGAGGACCUGAGUGAAGGAAAAUUCAGCUUUCCCAUUAUUCAUGCGCUUACAAGUAAUCCUGAUGAUAAGCAAAUAAUACAUAUUCUGAGACAACGAACCAAAGAUAUCGAAGUGAAACAACAUUGCGUUAAAUUGUUAGAGAAAUUUGGCUCUUUCAAGUACACGAAAAGUGUACUUGAAGACUUGGACAUGAAAGCGAGAGCUGAGAUUGAACGUUUAGGAGGCAACCCGCUUUUGAUAAAACUUUUAGACGAGCUUAAGAAUUGGGAUUAUUGGGACUAAAGAAACACCCAAAGAUCUUUUGAUUGGAACAUUUUAAAUUAAAAAGAGAAUGUAUAUAUAUGUCAAAUUUGUGUAUUUCUUUAUCAUCUUAUGUAAAACUGCAAGUUUCAAUAGUGUUACCAAUUGCGUGAUCUGUUAUUAAUGGCAAAACAAGAGAUGAUUGUACAUGAAAUAAAUGAUAUAUGGAACAAUCAGUAAAAAAUGCAGAAUAAAAUUUCUUGAUAGGAAACUUCGUUUUAUGUCAAUCGGGUGUUUUCUCUCUGGAAAAACCGGUAAUCCUCAGGGAAUUUUUUUUUUUUUUACCUUGAAAAUCCGGGAAUUUUCAUGGAAUUUUAUUGAGACUCUGGGAAUUUUUUGAAAAAUUGCUUUGCUUUUACAAAAAUUGAGUAUUAUUCACGAGGACUGUUAUUUCACUCGGCACUCCAUUGUCUAAUAUCUUCGCAAAUAUUCAUAUCGAAUCUCUAAAUAAGGUGUUUCCAACGAGUACCUAAUCCAUGGAACGAAUAGUAACAGUAUCGAAUAUGCUCACACACACACACAUACAAGCGCUUUGAUAUUAGAAAGAAAGGAAUGUAUUGUGAAUAAAGUUUCUGAGAGAUA